CUGUCUCUGUCAAUUGUUCAUUCUGCGUCACGUUAGUGUGGGAAGGUGUAUUCGGUGGGGCUGCGGUCUGCGGAGCGGCGCGCGAGGUAGUAUGGCGCCGCGGCCCUGAUGAUAAUGUCAGUUUUGUGGCGCGCGUUUUAGCGACCGUUGUUUUCCCGUGCUCAUGCGAGUGCACCGUCGGCACGAUGAGGUGGCGCGGGCGCGCGGCCCCCUACCGUGCCAAAGAGCGCGCCAACAUCAGUUUCUUCAUCUUCAUAAUGUUCUUUGCGGUGUUCGGUGUGAUAAUACUCACACAGCUUCUGUUGUUAGAACGGCCGAAUACCACCGGCUCCUCGAGAUCUCGCUAUGAAGACCUCCAGGGUUGGGAAGGCAGAACAGAGACAGGCAAUGGAGACGCCGGCGAGCCCCCACCACCUGCGCAUGCGCCACUUGACGCUGUUUGGCAACCUGUCGCCGGUACUAGGUUUAGAUUUUAUGUGUAUUCUGCGUUCGUAGAGCGACGAACUGUUGCAGCUGUGCGGAUAAUCGCAGCGACAAAAACCCGCGGCGCAGAUGCAGUUAUAUGCAGAAUGUGGCUACCAGACAACCGUACUCUCACGCUCAAAGCUCGAGUCAAGGCUAUACGAGAGAACUGGAAUAUGAAGUACAGUGCGACGUACGUACUAUGCUUGCUACGUGAUUCGGGGGUAAAACCUCAGGAAACAGUGGGUGCGUCCAUAUCUGUAAUAUCCAGUAACUGGCCUGGUAGAGCACCCACAAAUCUUCUGACGGUUCUCGAUACAGAACCUAAGAGUGGUAUUGAGGAAAAUCUCCAUAUAUGUGUGAAGCCAUUCCAUUACUCAUAUUCCCGUGAAGACUGGUUACUCGAAUGGUUUGAACUGAAUAAGCUGCUAGGGGCGAGCCAUUUCUACAUGUACAACGAGUCAUUGAGCGCGCCUGUAGGCUGUCUUAUUGACCACUAUAAAAAGCAAGGUCUAGUCACGCUGUUGCCAUGGAAACUGCCUAUUAUAUCUAAAGUUGAGAUAAGAACUGAGGGUCAAUUCGCGGCAUUUAACGAUUGCCUCUACCGAUCGAUGUCGACGGCCGGCUGGUUGUUGGUGAUCGAUGUGGAUGAGUUGGUCGUUCCGCGCCGCGAGAGGACGCUGCCCGCGCUACUCACAGCACUGCGGGCCUCAUACAACCCCCCAUCGAAAUCGCCUGCCGCGUUUCUAUUUAGAAAUGCUUUCUUUUAUCUUCGGUGGGAGGACGACGCGGAAGCGGUGGCGCCGCUAGUGACGGCUCGCAAGACCCGCCGGUGGGCGACGCCGCACGCGCUCAAGAACCGCAGCAAGUACGCGCUGCGGCCGCGCGACACCGUCGAGCUGGGGAACCACUUCGUGUGGGAGCACGCGCCCGGCGCCAGCUCCGCCGGCGUGCCCACCGACCGCGCGCUCCUGCACCACUACCGGGCCGCAUGCGAGUAUGGGGGCAUGAAUUGCCUGACCGUCCCGUCGACAGUGGAUCGGAUGGCUCACAGAUGGACGGAGGAGUUGCUUAAGAAAGUCACUGAGGAGAAGAAGGUGCUCGCCAGAGUGUGCCCAAAGUAAAUAGUUAAAUUCCGUAUUAUUUCUGAUAAGUAGAUAUAUUGUUUAGUCAAAGGUCAAACAAUUUUUGGCAUUAAAGACUUAAAUUUAUUGUGGAUAUAAAUUAACAGAAGUCCCGUGCAUUCUGUCAGUGUACAUAUCUCAAUUUAUACCAGGUUUUUCUAUUUAUUUACGUAAUAAAUUUAUUUAUUUAUGUGCUUUUGUGCAUUCACUUAUUUUUAUUCAUAAAUUUGUCGUUGUUAUUUUUCAGAAAGUAUCAAUAAAAUUCUCGAUUAAUUUGCUCAAUAAUACAAUGUUCUUUGCUGAAAAGUUUGGGAUACUGUACAAAAACAGAUUAGGGUCCAAUUUUAAAAUACCCAUUCAUAAUUUUUAUUUAUUGAUUAGAUAUUAUUACUUUUUUUCUGACGUGGUGCACAUUUGCAUCAGACCUUGCAUAGUUAGAUAUUUAUUAUGAGUUUUUAAUAAUAAAUCUGUCUACGUCUAAAACUGGAUAUGAUAUUAAUAUAUACAGUUUUCCACUUAAGCCUAUUUGCGAUACGUAAACAUAUAUAAAUCUCCUAGGAUGGUUAUUAUAUGAAAAAAAUUUACAGGUGAAGUAGCAGUAGAUAUGGUCUAGUACCUUGUUGUAUUUUAUAUAUUUUGGUGGAUUUCUUGUCAUUAGACUCUAAAAUUAAAAUGUUACAAAAUAAAAUAAAUAUGAAUAAAAGGGUGUGAAAAGUAAGAAAGAAUAGGUGAAAGUAGCGGUUGAAAUUUGGUUUCGUGCAGUCUAUUGUUUUAAUAGACUAUGUAUAAAUAGGUCAUAUAUCUAAAAGAUUUUCACUGACAGGAUAUGCAAAACAGCGGGAUGCUACAUUACUAGUAAUUUACAUUUCUAUUAGUUUUAAAUCUAACCUCGAUAUGAAGUACUCAUUGUGUAUUUGUAUUUGCUUGAAUGAAGAAAUUUUUGAGUGUAUAUAAAUUUUUUUUGGUUUGAAUAUGUCGAAAGAUGUAAAUGUAAAUAUUUUUAUAUUCGAUCUUUAUUUAUUUGUAAUUAAAGGUUUAUUAUGUAAAUGUUAAAUAUAUCAUUAUAUCGGUAAAUUCAUAUUAUUAGCAUUUUUAGUUUUCUCAGUAUAAUAAUCAUUGAUUUUAUGAAAGUAAAUUGUAACUAAAUUCAUUUAAUAGUUAUAAUGUAUAUUUGAUUUUAAAUUUAAUAAAUGAUAUUAUACAAAAUGCCCCAAAUCUGCAUAAUAUUGACACCAUAAUAAAGAGGACCAUUUAGGGCUGAUGUUUUUAUCUUAAAUUAUGAAUAACUUUGUAGGGUACAUAACAGCGAUCUACACAAUAAGGCUCAAAUUUCAUUGCACCAGCGUUUUGAUUAUUUUAUUUUAGUGCAGAUAAUAUUUAUUUAAAACGAUACCUAGUUAUUUAAAUAUCAAGUCUCAGUGUGUACUAGUACGUAUUUAUAUUUAAUUUUAAUAAUUCUUAUUUUUUAAAUUAUUUAUACUUAUGUCAUUGUCAUACAAUUUAAUAAGAAUAUAAAUAUUUGAAAAUUGGGAAAAAUAUCAGCCCUUUCAUUUAAAUAAGUAAUUUAAUUUAAUUUUCAUAUAAUUACAAGUACAAUUACUAAAUUAUUCUCACCUAUCGACUUAUUUAUAUGAAGACAGUUGAGAUGUUGUGCCAUUUAGUGUUGUGUUAUAAUAUAAUGUACCAGUAUUUUGCUCAAUAAACUCAAUUACACUAUCAGUAUUAACUUUAACAUUCGAAAUUAAUGAUGUUCAAUCAUAGAUAAACGGUACCUGAGAAAAAUAUUUUAAUAAAUAAACAAGGAUAACAUGAACUAUAUUUUUAAUAAAAAAAAAAUAUCUUUGUUUUUAUUAUACUCUGACUCUGUUUAGACAAAAGGUAAAUUAAAUAGAAUUUACUAAGAAAUGGAUCAGAGAAUGUGGGUUUAAACUCCGCUCCUUUCGAAAUUUUUUCAAUCACACUUUCUAUUCAUUAGAAUGUGGUUUUCAUGUUUCUGUCACUAGAAAAUAUUCCACAAAUGUUUUAAACUUAGAUUAUAAUAUAAAUAGAGUGUCUCCAUACAAAUGCUUCGGGAAAAACGGGUAAACUUUUUCCUACAAUUUUGCGUGAUAAACAGUUAUGAGUGAUUCCUUUAUAACUUCUAUAUUUAUUUUGUCUUAUAAAUUCUGCAUCUUUUUAAUGCUUAAAUACUCAAUUUAUUUUUUAAAUACGUCAAAAUACAUUUUAUGCGUAAAUAGAAUACUGAUAGAAAAACAAGUUAGCUAAUUUGACAAUUAGCUGACAAAAGUUGACUCAUUUUUGAGGAUCGAUGCUCUAUCUAUAUAAUCUAAGGUUUAAAAUAAUGCCCUUUAUAUACAUUAUUAUUCAUAGGCCAAGUGAGUACAUUUUGAUUAUUCAUCGAUUGGACAUCAUACAGGUGUGAAAUUUAAAAAAUGACAAUUUAACAUAAUUACUUACCUAACUCGAUAUCAGCUCAUCGGUUAACCCAUAGGUUAAAUUAUAAAAUGUACAUACAUAAUAAUUAUAAUCGUCUUGUAAAUAUUGUACAUGUAAAUUCAUAUAUACAUUCAUAAUUUCAUAAGUCAUAACGGUAGUUAGGUUUGUGCUAUGAAAUGUUGUUUAGCUAUUGUUGGUUAAUGCGAAUAGUUUUUUUUUUAUUAAAUUGUGAUGUCAUAGUUAUGUUUAUAAAUCUAUACUACAUUUAUACAUGUAGCAUGGCGUAUUUAAAUACAAGGUUUAUAAUUUAUAAAUAUUUUUGUCUUUUUUGUUUGAAACCUUGUCAAUAUUACGACUGUAAUCAGAGACUAUAAUACGUAAUUGGAAGUUGUUAUAUAAUGAGUAUCGACUUGCGUACAAGAACACCAUUGUAGGAACCCAUAAGAGACUGUAUUUAAAUAAUGGCCGCUUUUUGUGUACAAUUUAAUUUUAUUAUGUAUUUGGUGGUAAAAUUGAAUGGGAGGACUAGGGAUUCAAAGCGCUUAGUGUAAGUUUUCAAUUAUACUCAAUAUCGACCAUAGAAAUCUACGAUAUCAAAUGUUAAAGUGUGAACGCUCGUGAUUGUAGUUCUUGGUUAUUUUGUAAACUUGCACUGGGUUUACUUAUAUAUACUGUGACCCUUACUAACCAGUUUAUAUUCAUAACUAAUUGUAGUUUUGCCAAAUUUUCCGCAAAACCGAUUAGAACAAAAUAAUUAAGGUUAACAAACCAACAUAAUAGAGAUGGCUUAGAAACGUGGGCGUGGCGUCUUUUAGGAUUUAAAUAUGAUCGGUGAUAUUUGGCCAAAUCAAACGAUCAAGUGAGACAUUUAUGGAUGAUUAUGAACCUAGUGAUUACCUAUCACUAGGUUCAAAUCGUUAAUAAUAUUAUUUACAGUAGUGUUUCAUAAAACUUAAAACGGCGAAUAAAGUAAUAGCCCAUCUUAAGAAAUGUGCUAAGCAAUUGUCAACUAUAUAUUGAUAUCAGCUUCAUUAAACUAACUUUUUAUAUGUACUAGUAUUAAAGAGAAAUGUAUUUAGAUAUAUCUAUCAGUUGUCAACAGGUUUUGUUUAGUUUGAGACUAGAUGGCGUUGCGUGAUACCUCCAGGGCUGUUUUUUUUUUUUUAAUUAUUAUAUCUUCAAGCGGACGAAUAAAAUUAACUGAUUACUUGUUCAGUGGAAUGGACAAGCUACGAAUUACCAUAUUAUAAACCAAUUCUGUAGCACUGGUUGAUGACGUCAUGCGUGCAUUUACCAAUAUGCAUUUUACCUUUAAUACAUCUGAUUUUCGAAUUCCAAUUUUAAACCAAAUUAAAAAAGAAGAUUCUCAAUACCACUGUAUUUUUUUUAUAUACGCUAUUGCCUUUAUAAAUUCUGAAAUGAUUUAUUCUUUUUUAAUCGAAAGGAUUAAUUUCCGUUUUGUAAUAAAUAAGCUACUUAUACGCAUAUAAUGUGUAUGCAUUUUACGAUUUACCGAUAUAAAUAUAAUAAGGUUUAGAAACCGUUCAAAAGUAAUUUAGUAACCGGUUAAUUAUUAAUUUUCUAGAUAAUAGGUAGCUAUAUAUAAUAAAUAUAUUAUAAUUGUAACUCAAGACAUAAAAUAGCGUUUUCAGUUCUGAUAUAACAAAUAUAUUUUUUGGUAAAUAAUAUUCAAAAGUUAAUAAUAGUAUUUUGAAGACAACGUCAUGAGACAUAAUUCUCGCUCUCGUCCUUUUUAUUUACAACUAAAAUUAUUUAGGUGUAUUUUUAUAUUGCAGUAAAAAUAGUUUAUAAUGAAAUAUGGUUGAAAUGUUAAUAGGUGAAAUAUGGAUUUUCUUUUACAGACGAUUCUCUUGAUAUUACAUGUUGCCCUAUCGGUGGUGGUGACAAGAUUACAAUAAUCUAUGUAUAUUUAUUUAAAAUUAUGAAAAGAAUAAUACGACUAAAAUAAAGAAAUACAACUAUGCCACAGGAGGUCACUUUAUACCUACAUAUAUAUUAUAUAUAUAUAUAUAUAUAUAUAUAUAUAUAUAUAUAUAUAUAUAUAUAUAUAUAUAUAUAUAUAUAUAUAUACACACACACAUAUAUAGGCUUAACCUUAUAAUGUUCUAGAAGUUUAUCUCGUCUGUUAUGUAACACUUCUGGAAAUGUAAAUUCUUUUAUAUAAGAAUUUACACCAUAUUAAAUUAAACAAACAGUUCGUGCAUCGCGAAUUUAUUAUUAGAUGCCUACUAAGUGUAUAAUAUACUUAAAAUUAAUGAAAUUGUUGGGCUCGCUUUUUAUUUCAUAUUAUGAACAUUAUAAUUACUAUCUUUGUCCUUUUCUGAUAACUAUUUGGGAAAAGACAUAGCUAGCGGUAAUAUUGGUUUGGAAUAUUAAAUUACGUACCUAAUUAUUAUUUCUAAAUUAGGAUAAUAUUAGACAAAUAUAAUAAACAUUGUGUUGUAUCUACGUUUAUACCUACUACUUCAUAAAUAUAAAAUGUAUUUAUAAUUAUGACAAUUCAAUAUUGUAAUACGUAAGAGUACUUUUCUAUAAAAUGUUAAUAGAAAGUAUAUUAGUAUAGUUUUCAUAAGUGCUUAAAAGUAAGUAAAUAGUCACAGAAUUUUGAUAAUGUACAACAUAUCAACAACUCACCAAAUGAAUUCGAUAUAAGUCCAUAUGGACUGUUAUCGAUUGAUAUUAGCGGCAUGUAUUGCUAGUGACAAUGGACGUAAACAGAUUACUUGCUUGUACAUUGUGAUUGGUUUCUAUCACAGAAUAUUAAACAAAUAUUACAGGAUUGAUUUAUUGCUUAGGCCUACUGAUGGAUUUUGUUCUCUAUUUUUAGAAUAUUUUUUAAACAUAAAAUACUUACUGAUGUUUUGUAUGGAGUAAUAUUGAACAGAUAAUGCCUAAAUUUAUUCAGGACAAGGAAAUAAUGUUAUGGAACAACAUUUUCAUUUCUUAACUAUUGUUCAAAUAUAGUAGGUAUAUCUAAUUAUAUACUGAUGUAUGAUGUUGGAUAGUAGAAAAUUGCUCGAAAAUUUAUAGCAUGACCUUGACAAUUUAUAGUCUAUAAAAUUCAUUUUAACGGACACGCCUAGACCAAAAACGGAUCGAUUCUGAGCUGCCAUUUCUCUAAAUCUAUCUUUUAAAUUAAAAUUUGAUGUCUCAGCUAAAUUUGUAUUGUAAGGACCAAUAUGAUAACUUAAAAUUGGCCACAAUGUGUUUCAAAUGGUCAUGUUAUCGUUAAGAACAUGCCAAUGGUAUUGUACUACUGGUUGCUCCUUACACCAUGAUACGGGUAUGAUGUUCUUUAUCUUUGCAAUCAUCAAAAUCCUAAUGUUUACUGUGUGUAACUCUGAUAUAUCUAAGUAUUAGAAAUGUUUUUUAACCUGUGACAUAUCUGGGUUCACUAUUUUAUUAUUUUUAUGAUAUUUAUUGUCCAUUAUCAUAUAUAUAUGUACGAUUAUAAAAGAGCAAAAAUGUAUGUCUUCGUGAUUAUAUCACAUUGUUUUUGUCUGAACUUAUAGACUGCAAAGUUGUAUUCGCCUAGGCUGUAGACUGUGUUUUAUAUUAUUUAAUGUCAUAUUGUCAUGCAAAGCUAAACAGCGUUUAAUAGGCAAUCCGUAAGAAGUUUAGUGGCAAAAUAAUAUUUUGUGUCUAUAUUUUAUCUGUGAUGUCUACUUUAGAAGUGAAAGGUUGUAUUGAUUGAAAAGCGAAGGUGAAUUGUUAGUCGAAUGGUAAAAAGGUCUUUUUUAAAAUAAAACAAUAUUGACUUCAAA